AUGUCAAAGGCAACCUUGGCUGUGAUCGCAGCCGCCAGUGCGGCCACCGGCGCCGGAGUGACGGCUCUGCUGUACUCGUCCAAGUCCUCAUCCCAACCGUCGCCACAGAACCAGCAACAAGUGCCUCCUCCCCCGUCGAUGGCGGGAGGUGUCAAGGUGCCUACCGCCGUGCCAGCCCCAACUUUGGCAGCCAAGGCCAGUGCUGGGGUUGGCCCCGUCAAUCCCGCCGGCAUCCUACAAUACGGCUUCCCCGGCCCCGUCGCCGACGAACUGUCCACACUACCACUUCACGGUGCCUACGACCGUCGCACCCGGAACCCGGCCUGGGUCGCUGAGCAUAUCACUCCGCAGUCGCUGGCGAUGAACAAUGCCGAUCGUAAGCACAGCACGUUCGCCGAGGAUACCUCCAUCCCGGCCCUGUUCCGCGCCAAGUUGGCCGAUUACUUCCGUUCGGGCUACGACCGCGGCCAUCAAGUGCCGGCGGCCGACGCCAAGUGGUCGCAGGGGGCCAUGGACGAUACAUUCUACCUGAGCAACAUGUGCCCUCAGGUCGGCGAGGGUUUCAACCGGGACUACUGGGCGCACUUUGAAGACUUUUGUCGGAAGCUGGCGACUCGGUACCCCUCCGUGCGAGUGGUCACAGGGCCACUGUACCUGCCGCAUCGUGAUCCGGAUGGGAAAUGGCGGGUCAACUACGAGGUGAUUGGGAACCCCCCCAACGUUGCCGUGCCCACCCACUUCUACAAGGUGAUCUACGCCGAGGACGGCACUGAGUCCCCCACCAGCAAGGUCGCCCUGGGUGCCUUUGUCUUGCCCAACGCCCGAAUUCCCAACGAGAAGAGCCUCUCCGACUUUGAGGUGCCCUUGGAAGCGGUGGAACGCGCUUCGGGCUUGGAGUUUGCCGCCAAGCUGGACCCCAGCCGUCGCCGCCGCCUGUGCCAGGAAAUCAAGUGUGACAUUGUCGUGCGCGAGUUUAACAACACUCGCAAGCGCAACUAA